AUGGAGUUCAUGAGUGAGUUCAUCCUCCUCAUUGGAAUGUUGGCCUAUUCUUCCAAGAGGGCUGCUCUCAGUUGGGCCAGAGUAACAAGGGUAAGAUCGCGACGUCGAACCUGUCUAUCCAGCUGGUCCCACAAGUGCUCAAUGGGGAUAGGUCGGGGUUGUAUGGCGGCCAGUCCAGGGGGUGGAUAUUGUUGUGAGCAAGUCGCGACAUAUCCUCUCUACAUGGGGCCGAGCAUUAUCCUGCUGGAAUUAGUAACACUCGGUGAAUCUCAGGCCAAGACAUUUCUUCGUGUUCAUCAACGACAAAAACGUGCUGCCUAUGACGAAUGCCUGAAAGGAUGUUUUUUUACAGAACUGAUGGAAUUCUCGGACUACGAGUCAAAGAGAGAAGUGAUGGUCAAAGCCAAGUGUUCAAAGUAUUACUGCAGCCCUUUAGGCUACUGCGUAAACAGCAACGAAGACUAUUUUCAUAGCAACUCGUUGAUCGUCCACUGUGUCGUUGAUGGUUCCUGGGGUACAUGGAGUAACUGGGGCACCUGUUCAUUAUCCUGUGGUAGCGGCAUUAAGACAAGGUCCCGUAUAUGUAAUAACCCAGCACCACAAAACGACGGAAAGUAUUGUACAGACCCUAGUACCAGCAAUGGAGAGGCCACGUGUAAUGAAACACCAUGUCCGAUUGAUGGUUCCUGGGGUACAUGGAGUAACUGGGGCACCUGUUCAUUAUCCUGUGGUAGCGGCAUUAAGACAAGGUCCCGUAUAUGUAAUAACCCAGCACCACAAAACGACGGAAAGUAUUGUACAGACCCUAGUACCAGCAAUGGAGAGGCCACGUGUAAUGAAACACCAUGUCCGAUUGAUGGGGCGUGGUCAUCAUGGCGAGAUUGGAGUGCAUGUUCUCUCAUAAACAAUGACGUCAUUCGAUCGAGAUGUAGGAAGUGCACAAAUCCAAUCCCUCAAUAUGGAGGAGCAAACUGUCCUGAAAAGCCUUUGAAUUCCGAACAGUGCACAUUGACACCAGAUAACUUCAAGAAACGAUGUAGAUGUCGCCAAUCUCGUAUGCCUGUGGUGAAGAACAUUAGUAUCGCGGAGUUAGCCGCCAUUAUAGACGAAAUAAAAGAGGAACUGACAGUGGACAAAACCCAAACGGCCAUGGCAACUAGGAAGAAAAUUUCCGCCCCAGAUUCCCGAAAGUCUUCAGCCAUAAUAGGAACACUGCUCGGUGUCAUCAUGAUGUCAAUACCUUUCGUCUUCAUCUUUACCGUCGACCUUGUGAAUGCCUAUCAAUAUUUCACGGUCAGAAACAGAGUCAAGCCGUCAUCAGCAAGACGGCGUCGAGAUCACACCUCUCCAAUCCGUUCCAUGACUUCUUCGGUGUGA